AUUUCAUAUUUUAUGCUCAAAUCGCCCCCGAUCCAAUUUUCGUCACGGACGAAGUGAGAAAACACAAGAAACUACACAUAGAGCCAUGGCUUCAUCUUCUUCCCUUACCCUCUCUCAGGCCAUCCUCUCUCGCUCCUCAAUUAUCCGUCAUGGCUCCUCCUCCCAUAAGCUCCACCCCUUUUCCACCUCCCCCUCCAUAUCCGUCCCCUCCUUCUCCGGCCUCAAAUCCGCCGUUUCCCGCCGCUGCCCCGCCACCGCCACCACCCGCCUCCUCGUCCGGGCCUCUGCCGCCGUGGAGACCCUGGAGAAAACAACGGACACCGAGCUCGUCGAGAAGUCCGUCAACACCAUCCGGUUUCUGGCGAUUGACGCCGUCGAGAAGGCGAAUUCGGGCCACCCGGGACUGCCCAUGGGCUGCGCUCCGAUGGGUCACGUACUGUACGAUGAGGUCAUGAGGUACAACCCUAAGAACCCUUAUUGGUUCAAUCGUGACCGGUUUGUGCUCUCCGCUGGUCAUGGGUGUAUGCUGCAGUACGCACUUCUUCACUUGGCCGGAUACGACGCCGUCAAGGAAGAAGACUUGAAGAGCUUCCGUCAAUGGGGAAGCAAAACGCCUGGUCAUCCCGAGAACUUUGAGACGCCUGGUGUUGAAGUCACCACUGGCCCACUUGGGCAAGGUAUUGCCAAUGCUGUUGGCUUGGCACUUGCAGAGAGUCACUUGGCUGCACGUUACAACAAACCGGAUAUCGAGAUAGUUGACCAUUACACAUAUGUCAUCCUUGGUGAUGGAUGUCAAAUGGAGGGUAUCUCAAACGAAGCUUGCUCUCUCGCUGGACACUGGGGACUUGGAAAGUUGAUUGCUUUUUAUGACGAUAAUCACAUAUCCAUUGAUGGUGACACAGAGAUUGCUUUUACGGAGAAUGUUGAGUCCCGUUUAGAAGCUCUUGGCUGGCAUGUGAUUUGGGUGAAGAACGGAAAUACCGGUUAUGAUGAAAUUCGGGCUGCCAUUAAAGAAGCAAAGGCUGUCAAGGACAAGCCAACUUUGAUCAAGGCUAACUCAUACAGUGUUCAUGGAAGUGCAUUGGGUGCGAAAGAAGUUGAUGCCACUCGACAAAACCUCGGAUGGCCGUACGAGCCUUUUCACGUGCCUGAGGAUGUGAAGAAUUGCCUCAUGAGUGAUUUUAAAUUUUUAAUGCUCUUCUGCGGCAGCCAUUGGAGCCGACAUGUUGCUGAGGGAGCUGCUUUCGAAAGCGAAUGGAAUACCAAAUUUGCCGAAUAUGAAAAGAAGUACCCAGAAGAAGCAGCUGAGUUGAAAUCUAUCAUCACUGGUGAAUUCCCUGCUGGUUGGGAGAAGGCCCUUCCUACAUACACUCCCGAGAGCCCAGCUGACGCCACCCGCAACCUCUCCCAGCAGAACCUAAACUCCCUAGCCAAAGUCCUCCCAGGCCUCCUAGGUGGCAGUGCUGACCUGGCCUCCUCCAACAUGACCCUCCUCAAAACCUUCGGCGACUUCCAAAAACCCACUCCCGAGCACCGUAACCUCCGUUUCGGGGUCCGCGAACACAGCAUGGCCGCCAUUUGCAACGGGCUCGCCCUUCACUCCCCGGGCCUCAUCCCUUACUGUGCAACUUUCUUCGUCUUCACCGAUUACAUGCGCGCCGCCAUGCGUAUCUCAGCCUUAUCCGAAUCCGGUGUCAUCUACGUCAUGACCCACGAUUCUAUUGGGCUCGGAGAAGACGGGCCCACACACCAGCCCGUCGAGCACCUCGCCAGCUUCCGGGCCAUGCCCAAUAUACUAAUGCUCCGGCCCGCAGAUGGGAACGAGACUGCCGGAGCUUACAGAGUGGCUGUUCUAAACCGGAAAAGGCCCUCUGUGCUGGCGCUUUCCCGCCAAAAGCUGACUCAGCUUCCCGGGACCUCCAUUGAAGGAGUCGAAAAGGGAGGUUAUAUCGUAUCUGAUAAUAAAAAUAAUAAUAAUAAUAAGCCUGAUGUGAUAUUGAUUGGGACGGGCUCGGAAUUGGAGAUUGCGGCGAAAGCUGCGGAUGAGCUGAGAAAGGAAGGGAAGGGUGUGAGGGUUGUUUCGUUAGUGUGUUGGGAGAUUUUUGACGAGCAGUCGGAUGAGUAUAAGGAGAGUGUUCUUCCAGGUUCGGUUACUGCUAGGGUUAGUAUUGAGGCGGGUUCGACUUUUGGGUGGGGGAAGAUUGUGGGAGGUGAAGGGAAGUCGAUUGGGAUUGAUCAAUUUGGGGCGAGUGCUCCUGCUGGGAAGAUAUAUAAGGAGUUUGGGAUUACGGUUGAAGCUGUUAUAGCUGCUGCUAAGGAGUUCUUUUAGAGUUGGUUUGGGGUUUUUUGCGAGGUUCUUGAUCGGUUGUGGAAAGAAAGCACAUGAGCAGGUACUUUUUCGCAAUNCCUGAGGUGAUUCAGUUCUACUUCUACCAUAUUUUACCCGGGAGAUUUCGUUUGAAGUAAUGGAGUUUGGAGUUGAGUGGCUAAUCUAAAGUUCUGUCCUUAUGAUAUUUUAUGAAUUGGAUUAGAUUAUAUGACUUGAAGAAUUCAAGGCAUGUGUUCAAGUAAGGUAGGGUAAAACUGAUCUCUUGAAGAAAAUUGGACCCUUCAAAUCAAUACAAAAGUGUGGUUACUUAUCUCUCGUUUCAGGUCCUAGCUUUCUUGGUAAUGAAAUUUUGGACUCUUUUAGUUUUGCGCAAAUUUUUAUGUGAGGCAGCAGACCAAUGGUUAGACGGUCAAUACGUCAUACUUCACUUUUUUUUUUUUAAGUGUAACAUUGUCUUAAUGAAACUGUACAUAUUUAUGAAAUAUA